AUGUCGCUCAAUUCAAAGAGCUCGGCCCAACGCCGUAGCAAUCCCUUUGUCCGAGCGGCGUCUCCUUCAUCCUCACCUGUGGUGCAAAGUGCUGGUAGACCAAAGUCGGCGCUAUAUUCCUCGUCAACACCAGGUCUUGGCUUGUCAUCACCUGCCUCUCAUGGCCGGUCCCUGUCCAACAACUCCUUUGGAGCCACUCUCCUCGCGCCAGCGACCGCUGUGCGGCACCAAAGGAACGAGUCGCGAAAUGCAACACCCACCUCUAGCACGUUCGCACCUUCAUUUAUCAAGUCUGAAGAGAUGAAGCGCGAGCUUGUUACGGUCAAUGGCAUCGAGGGAGAAAAUGACUUUUCAGGAAAGCGAUAUGUGUGGGUUAAGGAUCCGCAGCUUGCCUUCAUCAAGGGAUGGGUUGUAAAAGACAUUGGGGCCAACCGCAUCGUCGUUCAAACCGAGGACGGAACUCAGCGAGAACUCGACACGGAAAGCGUUGACAAGGUCAAUCCUGCGAAAUUCGACAAAGCAAACGACAUGGCCGAGUUGACGCAUUUAAACGAGGCCUCGGUCGUCCACAACCUCCAUAUGCGAUACCAGUCGGAUUUGAUCUACACCUACUCGGGGCUUUUUCUUGUCACAGUCAACCCCUACUGUCCGCUGCCCAUCUACACAAACGAGUACAUCAACAUGUACAAAGGCCGAAGCCGAGAAGACACCAAACCGCACAUUUUCGCCAUGGCCGACGAAGCUUUCCGGAACUUGGUCGAGGAGGGUAGAAACCAAAGCAUCCUGGUCACUGGCGAAUCUGGUGCGGGCAAGACGGAAAACACCAAAAAAGUCAUCCAGUACCUGGCAGCUGUGGCUCCGUCCGAAGCGCCAACACGAAGUCGGUCUCACCACGCGAACCUGUCUCAGCAGAUCCUGCGGGCCAAUCCGAUACUGGAAGCGUUCGGUAACGCGCAGACGGUUCGGAACCACAACUCGUCUCGAUUCGGAAAGUUUAUCCGCAUCGAAUUCAACAGGACCGGCUCCAUCGCCGGAGCCUUCAUCGACUGGUACUUGCUUGAGAAAUCACGAGUCGUGCGCAUCAACUCCCACGAACGCAGCUACCACAUCUUUUACCAGCUUCUGAAGGGAGCUAGCGGUCAGAUCAAGAAGCAGUUGCUCCUGGACGGGCUGGGCGUUCAACACUUUGCUUAUACCCGGAAUGGCCACGACAGCAUUGUCGGAGUAUCUGACGCGGACGAGUGGAAUUCUUUGAUGGAGGCCUUUGAGGUUAUGGGGUUUUCGGACGAGGAGCAACUUUCCAUUCUGCGCACAGUGGCCGCGGUCCUGCACCUGGGCAACAUCGAGGUUGUCAAGGAGAGCCGUGCUGCCGAUCAAGCUCGCCUGACCCCGGAAGCAAAGGAGCAGGUGGCGAUUGUGUGCAAGCUUCUCCAGGUCCCCGUGGAGCCCUUUGUUCAGGGCCUGCUUCAUCCAAAGGUGAAGGCUGGGAAAGAGUGGGUUGAGAAGGUGCAAACACCGGAACAGGUUCGACUCAGCUUGGACGCCUUGUCCAAGGGCAUCUACGAACGCGGUUUCGGAGACCUUGUUUCCCGCAUCAAUCGACAGCUGGACAGGACUGGCAUGGGCAUGGAAGACUCUCACUUUAUCGGGGUCCUUGACAUUGCCGGUUUUGAAAUCUUCGAGGACAACAGUUUCGAGCAGUUGUGCAUCAACUACACAAACGAAAAGCUCCAGCAGUUUUUCAACCACCACAUGUUUGUCCUUGAGCAAGAGGAGUAUUCCCGGGAGCAGAUUGAGUGGCAGUUUAUCGAUUUCGGUCGUGAUUUGCAGCCUACCAUUGACCUCAUUGAACUGUCGAACCCUAUCGGAGUCUUUUCAUGCCUCGACGAAGACUGCGUCAUGCCGAAGGCGACGGACAGGUCCUUCACCGAGAAGCUGCACUCGCUGUGGGACAAGAAGUCAACCAAAUACAGACCCUCCCGGCUUGGACACGGCUUCCUGCUCACCCAUUACGCGGCCGAGGUGGAAUACUCUACCGAAGGAUGGUUGGAGAAGAACAAGGACCCGCUGAACGAUAACAUCACGCGCCUGCUCGCUUCAUCAUCCAACAGACACAUUGGCGAGCUUUUCGCCGACUGUGCCGACACCGACGAGGAGCUUGGGAUUGGCCGCAGUCGGGUGAAAAAGGGACUCUUCCGCACUGUUGCCCAAAGACACAAGGAGCAACUACACAGCCUCAUGGCGCAGCUUCAUUCCACACAUCCUCACUUUGUGCGAUGCAUUCUUCCCAACCACAAGAAGCGUCCAAAGCAGUUCAACAACCUCCUCGUGCUGGACCAACUGCGCUGCAACGGUGUUUUGGAAGGCAUAAGGAUUGCGAGAACGGGGUUCCCCAACAGACUUCCGUUCGCCGAGUUCCGCCAACGAUACGAAGUCCUCUGCUCCAACAUGCCCAGCGGAUACUUGGAGGGACAGGCGGCCGCGGCCAUGAUGCUGGGAAAGCUCUGCCUCGACAAAACACUCUACCGCGUAGGCCUGACAAAAGUCUUCUUCCGGGCUGGCGUUCUGGCGGAACUGGAAGAGCAGAGAGACGCCUUGAUCACCGAGAUCAUGGCUCGAUUCCAGUCGGUAGCCAGAGGCUUUGUCCAGAGGCGGGCGGCCUACAAGAGGCUUUUCCGAACCGAGGCAACGAGGAUCAUCCAGAGGAACUUCAAUGUCUACUUGGAUCUGGCCGAGAACCCGUGGUGGCAGCUCAUUGUUAAGAUGAAGCCUCUGCUCGGAGCCACCCACACCGCCACCGAGGUGAAGAAGCGAGACCUCAUGAUCAAGCAGCUGAACGAGAAGAUGCGGCUCGAUGCCGAGAAACGCGCCAAGCUGGAAGAUGACCGCCGCAACACACAUGCCGAAAUGGUGCGAAUUCAGCAGACACUGGAGAGCGAACGGGCUCUGGCCUUGGACAAGGAGGAGAUAUUCAAGCGACUUCAGACUCGAGAGGCCGAGCUCGAAGAAAAGCUCGCGGGCGCAAUCGACGACCAGGAAAGAUUGGAAGACCAGCUCGACGAUCUCAUGGCAGCCAAGGGCCGGGCGGAAGAGGAGGUGGAGAAGUUUAGACUCCAGCUGGAGCAGGCAGCCUCGCUGAUUGGCAAAUUGGAGGAAGAGAAGAGCAAGCUGUCGGCGAAAAAUGCCGAGCUGGAGGACGCCAUCAAGGAAAUUUCUCAAAAGCAAGCCGAACGGAGCGAGCGCGAAGCUGCCCUUGCUGACGAGGUCAAAGUGCUCCAGAGCCAGCUGAACCUCAAAGACCGCAAAGCCCAAGAUCUGGAAGGCAAGCUGCUGCGACUAGACCAGGAUUCGCAACUUCAGCUGCGUACCGCGCAAAAGGAGGUCGAGGCGGCCAAGUCACGAGAAACUCGUCUUGGCCAAGAGAAUAGAGACGUCAAACAGCAGCUCUCACAGCUCUCCAAGACGUCGACAGACUACGAAGAUUUGGUCAGGAGCAAGGAGAGCGAGCUGGCUCUUCUCCGAAGCGACAAGAGAAAGUUUGAGCACGAGCGACGCGCCUUGGAGGACCAGAAGAAAGCACUGACCGAGGAGAAAAACAAGGUUUCCGGCAGGUUCCGGGAUGUCCAAGCUGAAAUCGACGCCAUGAAGUCGAGGCACUCUCAACUCGAACGCGAGGCCGAGGAAGCCAAGGCAUUGCUUGCUGCCAGGCUCUCUGAAGAUGCGCAGGCGGAUCAGAACCGCUCGCUCCUCGAGGCCCAGAUUAAGGAUCUCAAAGAAGAACUGUACAGCACCCAGAUGGACUUGAGCCGGGAACGCCAAUCCCGGGACGACGUUUUACUGCUUGGAGAACACAAAUACGGCACUCUCAAGGACGAGUACGAUACAUUGAACGAAUCCAAAAUUGUCAUCGAGAAGGAGCUCUACGUUCAGCAGGACACUUUGAGGAGGACGAUGGAAGCGCGCUCCGCCGUCGAAAGGGAGCGCGAUGAAGCCCGGGACGAGAUUCGGCGGCUUCGCGUCGAGAAGACGCAAGCCGAAGAAGCCCGAAUCCAGGCCGAGGUUUCCGGCGAGCGUCAGGCCUCCAAGAUGGCGCGAGAAAGGGAAGCUAGCCUACGAAAGGACUUGGACGCUGCCCACGACCGAUUGCGCUGGUUCGAAGAGGAGUGCGCCAAGCUUAACCACGAGAUUGAGGGCCUGAACAAGUUGAUUGCAUCAUCUGGCGAGUUUGGGUUGAAGAAUGACCAAGCAAAGGAGAGGAUGGGGCGGGAACUCAACACAGUCAAGAGCCGGCUAGCGGCGUCAGAAAAUGAUAAUCGGGCGCUCCUCAACAAGCUGCAGCAAAAGGGACUCGAGAUUGCAAGAUCUACCUCCCGGGCCAACGAGGCUGCUCGCGGCCAGGUGAUUGGUCUGCGGAAGGAGAAGUCGAGGCUCGAGGAGCAGAAUGCGAACCUGAACAAGCAGCUCGGUGACGCUCAUCUUGCCAUUGCGUCUCUCGAGAAGAAGACGGAAAAGCUGUUGCUGAACCUCGAGGAUCUCAAUCACGAGGUUGCCCGAGAAAUACAAUCGAGCAGGAAUGCAGAGAAGGCGUCCUCCAAUUUCACUGUUCAGCUGGCAGAGGCAAAUCGCACAAUCGAUUCCGAACGUCAGCUGCGCACGCAGUCGCAAGCAACCGCCCGAGCGUUGCAGGCUACCUUGGAUGCCAGAGACAAGGAACUUCAAGAUCUGCGCGCGCAAAUGCUCAACGUUUUGAAGACUGUCGAUCCCGAGAUUCGCAUUCCACCCCCCUCGGAUGAUGGCAAGCAAAAGGCACUGCUGAAAACCCUGGAUUUGGCACGCAAGGUUGAGGAGCUUCAGCAAAACCUCCGGGUGCAGACGGCGGCCAGGGUCAAUGCAGACAGCCAAAUUGCCGAGCUUCGAGCCACGCGACGUGACAGCGAAAGCCGACCAAAGCUGGAGGAAAUCAGCCUUAACGAGGCGCCCUUCAGCAAUGGCUCACCGAGCCAUCGACGAGCAAUCAAGCUCGGUGCACGUCGUUUCUCGAACACCUCGACUCCCAGAAAGGCUAACCAGGAAACCACCGAGCUGCACGACACUGGCAAGUCGGACAAGACCGUGGACACGUUCGCCGUCAACAACCGGAUGGACUUGAAAGCCGAAGUGGAAGAGCUGCAGAACCAGCUUCAAAUCUCCCGGAUGCAAAACCGCCACCUCCAAAGCCAGUUGGAUCGAAGCGCUUCCGCCACCCAGGAGCUCCUGAGCGAGCAGAGCCCUUCUCUCCGACGAAUGCAAAAGUUGGAAUCGGUCAACAGUAGGCUGCACGAAAUGCUCGACGACUCGAGCAAGAAGGUUUCGGCCCUCGAGAAGAACAUCCGCACUGGCGAGCUAUCCUUGCGGGAUGUCCAAGCUAGAACUCACGAGGAAAUACUCGACGUUCUGAACAGCCAAGAAGAGUCGCGUCGCGCUCUACUGCACAGCCACAAGGAUGCGGUUGCCGAGUUGACUGAUGUCAAGUCUCACUUUGACAAGAUGCGGCACGAGAGGGCAAAGCUGGAAGUAGAACUGCGCGACACAAAAUCAGACCUUCAAGAAAUGACCAUGGCGCGGGAGCAAGAGGCGCAAAGCCGCAGCCAGCUUUUGCAGGAAUACACGGACCUUCAAAUCCGGCUCGACGCAGAGUCUUCAAAGCUGGCCGACGUCACCCUCGGCCUGGAAACGUACAAGGGCCGGGCAGACGAGUACUUUGGCAAACUGGAACAGGCGGAAAUUGCCGUCCUCAAAGCAAGCCGCGCCGAGCAGUUUGCCAAGGCACAAGCGAAGGAAUCGGAGGACACGUACAGCGAAGUCAUGGCCGAGCGGCAGAAAAUGGAUGCCGCCAUCGAAGACUUGCAGCGCCAGAACCAGCGGCUGGAAGAACGCAUCGAGGACAUCUCGACGGACCUGCAAUCGGUCACGCAGGCCAAGAAACGACUUCAGCACGAGCUCGAGGAUUACCGCAGCCAGCGUGCCAUGGACAUCGAGGACAAGGAAUCGAGCAUGGAACAGACUCGCAAAAAGUACCAGGCAGAAUUCACCACCCUGACCAAGGAGUUGGACCUCGCCCGCCAAGAGAAGCUCUACAAGCAAGCCGAAAUCGCGCGACUUCGCGAGGAGCUCGACGACCUCCGCUCCAAGUGGGAUGACGAAGUCUUGAACAGCUCGACCUGGUCCAAAGAAAAGUCUCGUCUGGAGUCUACCCUUGCCGAUGUGGCUGCUUCUCGCGACGAAGCCGUCAAUGCCCAUAACGAAGCGCAAGGCAAGGUUGUGUCGCUGCUGUCCCAAGUACGCACAUUGAGAUCGUCGGUGGACGAAAUCACGUCGGAGCGCGACCUGCUCCUGAGAGAAAAACGAAGUGUGGAAGCUCGUCUUCAAGAAGCCAAGGCUGGGUUGGAAGAGCUGGUCCAGGGUGAAAGCCCAUCUCUUCGAGAUGCCGCGACCGUGGACAAGGCGGUGUUGGAUCUCAGGUCUAGCCUCGCGCAUCAAGAGGACGUUGCGGCAGCGGCAGUUGAGAAGAUGAGGCGCGCAGAGGCACUCGUUUCUGAUGUUCAGAAGGAAAUCGCCGCCGAGCGCGAGGCGAGCACAGAGCUUCAGAAACAGAAAGCGGCCCUGGAGAAGACUCUCAACGAAGCCCAGCUCAAGCUGAUAGACUUGGAGACCAAGGAAUUCUCCACCGCGAGCCAAGACAUUAAGUUUUUACACAAGCGAAUUCAGGAGCUCGAAUCUCAACUGGAAGACCACGAGACAGAGCGAUCUAAAUCGCAACGUUCAAACCGCAAUAUCGACCGCACGGUGAAGGAUCUUCAAUCACAGAUUGAACGCAAAGAGAAGCAAAACAUUCAGUUGUCAGAGGACGUGAACCGCAUGCGAGACAAGGUUGACAAGCUUUUGAAAACAAUCGACGAGCUUCAGGCGUCCGAGUCGACAACUCAGCUAUCAGUAAGACGAGCUGAACGAGAGCUCCGGGAAGAAAAGGAAAAGGCUUUGCGGCUGGAAAAAGAGCUUGAAGGCUGGAAGGGCCUCAGGUCGGAGAAGGCCUCCAUGGUCGAAAGCCUUCGAAGCCGUAUUGACAGCCCAGAUGCUCUCAACAGAACCGGUAGCAUCAGCAGGGUACCUAGUAUGUCAAAGGGUUUCAUCUAA